UCGCGAAAUUAAAAAUCCCUCACAGAAAAACAAAGGAGUGGAGGGGACUCUACCACUCUCCGUCUGCCUCCUCUCCGUCAAUAAAGAAAAACAAACACUAAAAUAACCUGAAACUUGGCAUGCAUACUCAACAUUUUCCAACCCACGGUACAUGAAAGGGGAAAAUUCAUCAACACACACUCAAAAUUCACAGAUCAGCAACUUAAACCAACAAACAUACACGUAAAAGGCGCUUUCUGGUCGUCAUGCUUCCGGGUACACCAUUUUGGAGUAGUCCCCGAGGCAAAAAUCCGAAGGCGCCCCUUAUGUGCUCGGAUCUGGAAGUUACCUAGCUAGGUGAGCCGAAAACGGCGCCGGAAUCUUGUCGGGAAUUCGCUAUUCUCGCUCUCCUCUGUUUCUGCUAAAACCCCAGAAGAAAAUUUUGAAAAUUUUGAAAAUUUCUUGUUCUCUCUGUCUGAAUCCCCCGAUUUAUAGGCCUAGAGAAAAAUAAAACAAAUCAAAACCCUAAAAUUCUACCCACCCUCGGAUCUAUCUCUCUCUUCUUUCUCACCUGUAUGGUAAAGAACAAGGAAUGCAACAUGGUAAAAUGGUUUGUUGUGAAUUGAAGAGGUUGUUUGCUGAAUAUAAGAAAACAGUUUCUGGUGGUGGGCAAACUGUAGUUCUGGAGGGUAGUACUAGUGCUAGUAAUGCCCCUAGUGAGAGUGAGUCCAAGUAUAAGAGUAGGCAACAACUUAAGUCUGCUUACAAGAGGUUCAAAAUUGAGAAUGGGUUCAUGUCGGAGAAAACUGAGCUAGAUAAGUAUUUGGGAGAGGAUGUUGAGGAUGAUAAUGAUGAUUUUGACUUACUUGGAUGGUGGAAGUUGAAUGCUCCAAGGUUCCCUGUCUUGGCAGCAAUGGCCAGAGAUGUUCUGGCUUUUCCGAUUUCAACUGUUGCUUCUGAGUCGGCUUUUAGCACGGGAGGGAGAGUUCUUGAUGCUUUUAGAUCAUCUCUAACCCCAAGAAUGGCACAAGCCCUUAUUUGUGCCCAAGACUGGUUGCGAAAUAAAUCGAGAAUAGUUUCGGAAGAGGAAGACUUGGAUCUGUUGGACGAUCUCGAGAAAGAAUUUGACAAAGUGCACAUGGAUUUUGCCAUUCUAGAAUGAAUGGCUUGAAGAUUUAGUCUUUGGUGUUAUGGUAGUAGCCUCACAUCUACGUAUGCCUUUGCUUACAUUACAGAAAAAUGCACAAAUGACCAAUUGCAAAGUGGAAGUUGCAUCUCAUUUCCUUUUUGUUAAUAUCCUGAUAAUGGAUGCAUAUAUUUUAAUUGUUAUUUGAUAGAUAGUGUAAUUAGGUUGGUGUAGUCAUCCAUCACUCUAGAUUGUUGAUAAGUAGAAACUAUGGUUGCAAGUUCUGUAAUUUUUUGUUAUUACUUUGUCUGGUCAAUGUAAUCUUCAAUUUUGGAUGAUGGAAUGAAUGUAAUAUUGUGUUUUGGAUUUCUAGUAUUUUGCAUGGUAUAUUGGAAUUAUUUAUUAAUGAAUUUUGAUUUUUUUG